AGAUCUUGAACAGGCGAUGUAUUGUAUUCUUCCUCGUGCAACUGCUUGAUAACUCUUAAACUAUGAUCUUUCAAUUCCGUUUGUUAAGAAGACUGUUUUAUAUAAGAGAUUUUUAUCCGAUACUUUCAAAUCUGGUCGUUUAUCAGUUUUGGGGAAUACAUCUUAGCUGUGUGUUUGAAUCUGUUAACAAACAUUGAAUGCUUUAGAAUGCAAGCAUAUGCCAUGUUGACAAAUCAUUUAAAAGUGACUUGUUUAUCAUAAUAAUUAAAAGAUGGAUAGUGAUAUGAUUUAUGAUUUUCCGUGUACAAGUUGCCAAGAGAAUGGAAUGAACUCGGACUCAGUGGGUUACUGCGAACAAUGUGAAAAACACUUUUGUAGUACAUGCAAAGAUAUGCAUGACCGUAUUCUAAAAGAACACAAUAUUCAUGACAAGACCGAACAUCAUGUGCAUUGCAAAGACAAUGACGUGUCUUACGUGAACAUUGCGUCUGUCCGAUACAACACUAUGGAGGAAAGCCAACAUGGAGUAUUGACCUAUGAAAAUGUUUGUGGUAACUCGUCUGUUAUGGGUACUAAAACGGAGAGCACACGACAGGAAGUCGACCUUGAUCGUCCUAAACCUCCUCCAGCAAAUGAAGUUAUGUGUGAAGUCCUCGAGAAUCCCUUAACAAAAUUAUGCGGAAUAGUUGGUAAAGUUUCCUUGCACUUCGAAGACAAAGGCAUCCGUAUAAUGCGUUCAGAUGGAAAAGCUUCAGUAGAAAUUCCUUUAAAUAUGAUUAGAAAAUUUGGUCGAAAACAAACAAUUAUGUUUUAUUUUGAAGUUGGAAGACGAUUCUGUUUUGGAGAGGGAUUUAUUAUUAUGAAGUGCUGUUCACCUGAGGAUGCGAAAUUGGUGAACUCAUACCUUGACGAAGCUUUCGGCAAACGGAAGUAGACAUCGACUCUAUACAAAUGUGUAUACCGUAUUAGAUUAACGCUUGUGAAAGCCAAAUUGUACUUGAAAAUCAUUAGGGCGUAUAUGUCUUGAAAGCAAUGAAAGAGACUGGAAAUAAAGAUAACGAAAUUGAAAAAUCACUUCCUUGUUGUUGUUUUUAUACAGUACAUUAGGAUAUUAUUUUAAUAGUUUAACUCUUCCAUUCGGUAAAUUCAUACAGCUCAAUUCCGUUUCCACCGGCAGACCAACUCAAGUAUGGACAUAGCGUGAUUCCCAGAUGCUGAAUGUAAAAGGUGCAUUAAACAUAUGUUACGUUAUGUUACGUUUAGUUAUUUUGACUGUGUUAACAGUGUUCAUGUAUUUCAAUGAAUUUUUAACAAGUAAUGCCGUUGUUGUUUUUUUAAGACAACACUGUGGAAGAAAGCCAACAUGGAUUAUAGAUCUAUGAAAAUGUUGGUGGUAACUCGUCUUUUCUGGGUCAUAAAAAUAUGUUACGUUAAGUUACGUUUAGUUAUUCUAAUUGUGUUAACAGUGUUCAUGUAUUUCAAUGAUUUUCUAACAAGGAAUGUUGUUGUUGGUUUAUCUUAUUCUAAAAGAAGUACUUUAAAUCAUUUAAUACUGCUGAUAAUGCACAACAAUAACUUAAAUUGUGUAGGGUUUACGCUUUAAGACGGUCGAUUGGUUUUAAAGCAAUUGAGGGUGAAACUUGUAUUGUAACAUCCGCUUUUAAUAUGAUUCUGUCAAGGAAGUAAAUACAUCUCUGUGUCCAUAUAUUUAAACAAAAGCACUUAUUUGUAAACCGCCAGUUCAAUGCCAUUAUGUUAAUAAACCUAUAAAGUUACAA